CCGUGUGCGCCUGGGAGAUCCUGAGCCUUGGGAAGCAGCCGUUCUUCUGGCUGGAAAACCGGGAUGUGAUCGGGGUCCUGGAGCGCGGCGACCGCCUGCCCAAACCCGAGCUCUGCCCCCCCGUCCUCUACACCCUCCUCACCCGCUGCUGGGACUACGAUCCCGGGGAAAGCGACAUUUACCUGAUGGAGAAGGAACUGGCCGAGGAGCAGGAGAGGAACCACCGGCAGCGCCCUCCCAAAAUCCUGGAGCCUCCGGCAUUCCAGGAGCCGCCUCCCAAGCCCAGCAGACCCAUGUACAAACCGCCGUCCCAGAACAACCUCCUGGCUCCCAAGCUGCAAUUCCAGGUUCCGGAGGGACUCUGUGCCAGCUCCCCCUCCCUGGCCAGCCCCGCCGAGGUCCCGCUCCCUCCCGGGUCCCUGCGCACGCCGCCGCCGCACCGACACCACGCCGGAGCCUUCCAGCGCCGCAGCAUGAGGGAGGAGGAUUUCCUGCGUCCCCGGAGCCGGGAGGAGGCUCAGAGGCUGCUGGAGCUGGAGCGGCUGCGGGUGGAGCGGCUCAUGGAGAGACAGCAGCGGGAGAUGCUCGAGGACCAUCGGUGGCUGAGGAACGAGGUGGAGAGUCUG